AUGUCGCAUUGCCCAACUGCCUCACUCCCUGCCGCACCCGUAGCCGCCACCUACGACACUUCCAAGUACCUCCACAACCCAGCAUCCCUUGCGCCGCUUUCGGCGGCCUUUCCGCGCAACUCGUGGUCCGAGGGCGCCGUGUUCGGCCUCCCGCCCUAUCACUCUGGCGAGCACGCGUACCAACUGUGCUGGGCGGCGCGUGAGGCAAGCAAGUGCUGGGAACGCGUACUUUCCCGCGAGCAUGCCGACAGCGGCGAUUUGAGUUCAAGUAUCCAGGCCUCCGACGUUGUCGACGCGACAUGCUUCAAGCUGGCAGUUGUGGACAAGGCUCUCGAAGUAAACGCGUUCCUCGGGAGGAAACGUGCCAAUGUCAUCCGUCCGCCGACGCUCAAGUAUGCCGACUGGCUCACCGACACGGACACCAUGUUGGAAGCGGUCUAUCACCUCGCAUGUGACCAGCUUCCGUGUGGCACAGCCGCCCCGGAAUACCACACGAUCCAAUCGUUCCUUAGGAGCGCAUUGAACGUCUGGUGUCAGCAGGCUGUGCGCGUCACCAACGUGCCACCCCGUAACAACAAGGAACCCUUUGCAAUCGACGACCUCGGACGCUUCGCAGCAAAGUAUUACGAGCACCGGCAUCGGGUUUUGAGAGAAGACGUCAACGACCGUACCAAGUUCUCGUCCACAGUAGUCGUGUACCCCGCCGAGACGUACACGCCGGCUGCUGCUCCCCAACUAGUCCCAUCAUCAACCGCCGAGGUGUCUUUGUCGCCAUCACGUCGUCUGGUUCCUCUUGUGUCGUCGCAAACGUCGUGA